AUGGUCUGGCUAAAGACUGGGGCAUUGCAGAGGCUCGCACAUGCAAGGAAUAUAUGUGCACGAGGCGCAUUAAGGCAGCGACAAGGAGCGCUGCAGCGGCUGCCUUGCGUGCGAGAUCGCUUGAUAUCCACCACCAGAGUCUUGGGAUCAGAUCACCAUACAGAGCAAGAACCGAUUUUCACACGGAACACACUAAUUGAUCAGUCACAAAGCGUCCCCCAAACCCUUCACAAGGCCGAAAUCGAGGCCUACCGAGACAUUCGUGGAUAUCUUUCAAACUGGCAAGCAAAUAAUCCUAAUUUGUUGGAUCCUAUUCGAGAACCAAAUCAUGAUCUGGACUCAGGUCCGGUGAUGGGCAAUAUGCCCAACGGUCGGGACAAUUAUGGUGAUAACGUGUGGAACAAUCCGGGCAUCUCGCACGAGGAUGACAUGGAUACGUCGGAGGAGUUUCAUGGCGAUCAUCUCGAGCCGGGUGAUAUGGUUGCAGAGCUGCUCGGGGAUGGAACAUUUCGAUGGGCAAUCUAUGUGCAAUCCAUCCAGAGACGACCGCAGUUCUACACCACCCGCGGGAACUGGCGUCUCUGCAAAGCUCGCGAACUGGACUAUGUGAUCAAGGGCUUUGCUCCUCCCGAACUACUGGAUGCGAUCAAACCGUAUUUUCCCAAUACAGUGCCCCUGGUCAACUAUGAGAUCCAGUCCGUGCCAGAAGGAGGCGUUCCGCGGCCACUUGGUGCCCCUCUUUUGGAGAUGAUGAACAACUUCCAAGCUCAUGUCUUAGACUUCUACAGACUUAACUCGGCGAAGCUGGACAACAUGCAUGAUCUGGUCGCCGAUGACUCUGAAUUUCGUCGCUUGAGCAUUGAGGAAUUGACUAUGAAAGUCCUGGACAUCGAAGAGUCCGAGCUUAACAGCGUCAACCUCUUUGUGGUUCACCAGGCUGUUCGAAACAAUUCAUUCCUAAUUGAGAAGGACUCUACCUCACUGUUCAGUUUCAUGUACCUUGUACAACCCAAGCGGAUCGCCAAAACUGUUGAAACUGUCACCACUUGGGUUCAUGAGCAUCAGGACUAUCUGACUCGCUUCGCUAUGCGACACACUCGCCAGACGUACCAUGAUCAAAUAGCCACAACUACCAGCGGAAUGACGGCGGACAAGUUCUCACAGCAUCCAAUUCAGCGAUUCACCGCUAAGGCACAGCGCCUGAUUCGCCUCAGUCGAAGGUCGCGCUCGCCUACAAUAAUGUCUAGUGUGGGCCCGACAUCGCAGCAGUUUAAAGCUGGGCAAGAUGGCAAGGCGAUGGUGUUCCGCGAGGUCUUGACCGAACAGUUCGAUCGGAAUGACCAAAUAAUUAUAGAAUACCUCCAGCUAUAUGCCACUCCAUCGGUGAUCAUGCCAUCGGGUACGUUGAAGUCGACAGCCUCGCAUAUUAUGCGGGUCACAGGCAUGUACAAUACUCUCGGCCUCAGCGACACUUCUACCCGUAUCUUCUUACAGGAGCUAGGCGUCAUCUCCCCGUGGGAGAAUCUGAGUCUGCUGGAUCAGAACUUAAUGCUACCAGGACACGGGGUCUCUCUCCUGGAGGAUAUGCGCUGGGAGGAAAUCGAGGAAUCUUGCAAGGACGCCGAUUCUCUAGUCGAUUCUAUGCAGCAUCUACGGAAAGACUGGGGUAAUCUGCCGGUUUAUUGUAUUGAUGAUGUCACCGCACAGGAGAUUGACGAUGCCGUCUCCCUGGAGCGCAUUCCUGCAUCGGAAGACACAUUCUGGGUGCAUAUCCACGUCGCCAAUCCAACGGCUUUCUUGCAAAAUAAUGACCCUAUUAUCGAGUACGCUGCCUCGCGACUGGCGACCACAUAUGCUCCAGAGCGCACAUACCCUAUUUUCCCGGAAUCACUCACACAGGGGCACUUCAGUCUUGCACCCGGCCGGCCGGCGCUGACAUUCAGUGCGAAGAUGAACCUAGAUGGGGAGAUUCUAGACACUGCGGUGGCUAACGGAACUGUACACAAUGUCAUCAGUCUCACGCAUCGCACCCUCCGGAAAUAUCUCAAUCCCGAUUUCAAUGAGUCUCAGGAGACUCUCACUGUCGGCAACCUUAUCGAUACCCCGUUACCCAGGGGAAAAGAUUUCCGCGAGACACUCACAGCCGAAGAUAAAGACACAUUUACCAUUCUUCGCAAACUCAUGCUCGGUUUCCGUACCCAGCGCCAGAAGAACGGCGCCAUGGACAUGCAAUCCCUGCGCCCGAACAUGUUGCUCACUGUCCAGGCAGGCACAGAACCACUUAAGCCCUACGAGAUUCAAGUCACAGAGGGAAGACUCUUCAUCGGUGAUCCAACCAUCCAACUACGCAUCCAGGAUUCCAACCCCCACGAGGUCCGCGACGAGUCAAAGGUCUAUCUCGUCUCUAUGUUGAUGAACCUGGCUGGCCAUAUCGCUGGCCAGUUCUGUGCUACUCGCAACAUUCCCGCUGUCUACGACGGAACAUGGUAUGAUCCGGAGUACGAACGCGUCACACCCGAGAACAUGAGCCAGUUCGGUGGUCAGAAGUUUUUGCACUUGGCUAUGCCCAGGGCAUUCUCCUCUUCCGAGCCUGUGCAUCAUCAUAUGCUUGGAUUGGAUGCGUAUAUCAAGAGCACUAGUCCAUUGCGUCGGUUCACAGAUGUGAUUGCGCAUUACCAGAUUGAGGCUGCGUUACGUUUUGAAGCUGAGCAUGGUCGUCCAUUUGAUGGAGUCAUUGAUAUGCUCGACCAGAUUGAAGAGGCCCACAAUCAGGCUUUGCCGGCCGAGACUGAAGCCGAAGCUGAAAGCACAUCCAAAUAUGAAUCCGAAUCCAACUCUCCGCCCCUCCCAUACACAAAAUCCGACAUAGACUCCCACAUCCUCUUCUCAGCCCCUAUCCGCGCACGUCUCCGCGAAGUCAGCAAUUACUCGAAUCAGCACUGGGCUUGCAUGCUCCUCUUUCGCGCAUUCUAUUUCGCUGGCUGUCCACUACCAGAAACCUUUCCCGUCGUUCUACGCAUGCCGCGCGUCCUCCCUGUGCGCGAUGGAACUGUCUAUUCUGGCGUGAUUGCUAAUCUGGGAGUUGGCUGUUCUGUUACUAUUACGGAUGAUUGCCCGGAUAAGGAGCGGAUGAAUAUCUUUGGAAUUGUGGAUGCGAAGAUCGUUGCUGUUGAUAUGGCCAGUUUGGAGGUUAAGAUGGAGGCUGUGGGGUUGAUAAGGGAGUAUGAAAGGGUUGGGGAGUGGGCUUGA